CUGUCUCACUGUCUCUCUCUCUCUGGUCCCUGUCUGUCUCACUGUCUCUCUCUAUCUGGUCCCUGUCUGUCUCGCGGUCAUGUUUUGAACCAGGGAGAACCAGGCCGUUCACUCCGCCUCCUCCUCCGGGACGACGGAAGGGAGGGCAGAGACGCGGGGGAGCAGGCGCAGUGGGACGGCGGCAGUGUUGCGGAGGCGCUCGGUGGUUGCGGAGCCAAACUUUGGGGGAGAGUUCUCAAAAACAAGCUAGCCCAGUUAGCUGUUAGCCGUUAGCUUCGGGCUAAGGGCUGAAACAAGGGUCGUGAACGCGCUUGCUCGUCGCCGCCGCCGCCGCCGCAGUGAGCUCGGUUAACGUCUGUCGGGAAUCGACAUGGUGACACUGACAACCGUGGUGCGGCCGCUGGCUGCUCAGCUCCACCGGCAGCUCCACCGGCAGCUCCUCAGACACACCGGGGGUCGGCACCGGAUAACGCCCGUCAGGGGCUGCAACCUCACGGCGUGCUCCAGCAAAUAUGUCCUGUCUCAGAUGCAUCCCAUGUGGCAGGGACCCCUCGCGGUACCAGGCGGCGAUCGCCAGUCUCCCAUUGACAUCAUCGUACGGAAGAGCGUCUUUGACUCCGAGCUGAAGCCUCUGGUCACCGAUUACGACCCAGACACCUGCCAACAAAUCUGGAAUAACGGUUACUCCUUCCUGGUGGAGUAUGAUGACACUACAGACAAGUCCACGCUGAAAGGGGGCCCCCUGAGGGACAAAUUCAGGCUGUGUCAGUUCCACUUCCACUGGGGUGAGAGCAACGCCUGGGGUUCAGAACACACCGUGGACAGGAGGCUGUUCCCCGCAGAGCUCCACUUGGUUCACUGGAACUCUGAGAAGUACAGUCUGUUCGAGGAGGCAGUGAUGGAGGACAACGGACUGGCUGUGAUCGGAGUCUUUCUGAAGGUGGGAAAGAGACACGAGGGGCUGCAGAAGCUGGUCGACGCUCUGCCUGCGAUCAGACACAAAGACAGCGUGGUGGAGUUCAACAGGUUCAAUCCCGCCUGUCUGUUACCCGCCAACACUGAUGACUACUGGACGUAUCAUGGCUCCCUGACGACGCCUCCUCUGACCGAGUCUGUCAGCUGGAUUGUUAUGAAGCAGCACAUUGAAGUCAGCCAUGAUCAGCUGGCGGUCUUCCGGAGCCUCCUGUUCACCUCAGCUGAGGAGGAAGUACAGAAGAGUAUGGUGAACAACUUCCGUGUGCAGCAGCCUCUGCGUGGUCGCACGGUCCGCUCUUCCUUCACUCCCUUCCUGCAGGAGGCGCCGUCAGCCGAAGGCGACAAGCACACCCACUGACACUGCUGGACCGAGUACACACACACACACACACACACACACACACACACACACAGAACUCUGCGAGCAAAAGAAAAAUUAGAUCUCGAAAUCUAUUUUUUUUUCUUCAUUAGCUUGUUGAGCAGAAAACAUACUUUUAAAGUUUCAUCAGAGAAACUUCAUUUAUUCUUCAUUCUGUUGUUUCAUCGAGUGAAAACAUGUUUUUAUUAUCACAAACAGUUUUACAUGGAGGGUUGAGGGAAACAUCUGUUUCUGGGUUGUUCAGAUUUUUAGGAACCAAUAAGAAAUUGUUACUGUGGGAAAAGUAUAUAGUUAUUAACACCAGUCGUAUUUAUAAAACAUUUACAGUUUGAAAAGCUGAAUCAGCUCUGACAUUUUCUUCCAUGUAACGAUGAUGGAGCUGCUGUCAGAUAACAGUGAUGAUGAGAUUUUAACAGACUAUGGUUUUAUUGCCUUAUAUCAGUGGAACACAUAACUUAUUUCAAACCAUCCGUUUCUGUUUUUUUUAACCAAAAAUAAGACUUUUAUUAUCCUGUAUCCGUUUGCUGGGUUUAUCCUCAAUCUACAUUAUCAAGAUGAACAGAAUGUAUGUUUUCCACGUCUGUUACAAAGAGAUUAUAUUGUCAGUUAAUUUACAGCAUGUUACCUUCAAGCAGCAAAAUAAUUGAAGCGGAGGUUAGAAUCUCCACUGAGCCGUCGUUCUUCUAAUAAGUUACUAAUAUGCACAAACAUGCCAAGUUACUGUAGAACAUGUCCUUCAAGACUCUUCUGAUGGAAAUAAGCGGUUCUAUUUCUGACGGUAACACUCAGUAUCAUAACCACUGUGCCUUCAACGUUCUCGGUGUGAUUCACUGAUGUUGGUAUUAGAGCGCGAGCCAAGCCACACAUGUUCCAUUUUAAGCUGUGGUCCAGUGGCUGUUCCCAGUUAAGUCCAGUUUAUCAGCCCUUGGGCACGUCGCCGCUUUGACUCGGCACACGGUGCGUUCACUGCCACCCGGAUUGAGCUGCGGAAUCUGAGAAUCUCGGUUUCUAGAGAUGUUUCCUGGAGGGAGAUUGCAGAGAAGAGGAGGCCUUCUUCAGGAAACUAUGGAAAACACCUCAGCUGAUGGUGUGUUAAGGUGAAGAAGUGUGCACUAGCCUGAAGCGGUGCUUCUGGAGGAAACACCCCGGUGCACAAUCCGCUCUGUUUCCUCUACUUUGCCUUUUUCUCAGGCUGCACCGUAUCCCGGCGUCACAGUCAAGACUCGGUUGACUUUGGGGAAAUUGUUUCUCUUCCUUUGAAGUAAAAUAAUUCCCAUAACACACCUCUGCUUCAGCCUAUCAGCUCUGCAACAUUAGAAACAGGAAAUCAGUAAAGUGAUGAAACGUCAUCGUGGACUAAUUCAUUCAUGUUGGGUUAUUGACAGGAAGCUGCUGUCUUCAUUAGUCCGUCUGUUUUUUUGUUCUUUCCUCACUUGUGUUUUUGUGGCUGACGAUUUAGAUAAAUCAAAUUUAACGAUGCUACAAAUCAGAUUUUACUGUUGUGGGUUGGGUUUAGGGUUUAAAGAAUUUAUAUUGUUAUUAUUAGACUUUAACUGGUCUAAGCUGCUUUUACUUGUAAAACUUUUAAAUAAGUCAAAACGCACAGAGGAUACUUCCCAGAAUGAUCAAACACUAAAUGAAUCCUGGGGAGAUUUCCUGAAGGAUGGAGGAGACACAGCGGGACCAGCUGUUCCCAGCAGCCUUGUGUAUCACCUCACCUGUCGCCAAGAUAAAGUUUCUACCUGCUUCCAAUAUGUGAGAUCAUCCACCUGUGCGUCUCAUUCAGAACUGUAGAAGCUGUGAAGACACAGAAAAUCAAACCCUCCUCAGUGUGUGUGAUUUCAACCGAAUCUAGAUUUUUAUAGUGAAAACACUGAUGAGGGAUUCCAAGUCUGACAGUUCACCUGCUGUGGCCCUCGUGCAACAGCAGAGCGGCUCUGGGUGGAUCUUACUAUGCAGCAGGAUUGGAAAAGAGAAAGAUGAAGGUGAGAGUUCACAGUUGUCCUCAGUAACAAUGCAACUGUCCAAACCGGCCCUCUGCGUCUUUUGAAGCAGCCGUUCCCCCCCCCCUUGCACGGACGCUCACAUCGGGCACUCGCUCCCCAGUAGGUCCUCCGUCGGCCCCCCAGCUGAGGCCCGGCCCGAAGCUGCUCUGAAUAGGCGAACUGGAUAUGUAUUGAGAGGAUUUGAUGGUGUGUGAUGUGACGGUGAUUCAUUGUGAAGGCUGCAGACUGCGCACGCUCUGCAGGGGCCGCUGGGGGCAGGUUGUAAAGACGUGCACAAAAGAGUGUAGUGGAUUGUAGUUUGUGUGACACUUUAAGGAAUGUUGCGUGGUAGCUUAUCUUUUUCUUUUCAUAUGAUGCAAUACUGAAUCUGUGUCCAGUGUGCUGUACUAACAUGGAGAUAAGGGACCCAGUUCUGCAUUUAACUUGUGCAGCUGUGUUUUACUGAUGUGUUUGAAUCAUGCACCAUGAGCUGCCGUCAUGUUUCAUGGCAUUUUACUUCUCCUCAUAACUUUGAAUGCAAUCAGUGCCGAUGUGUUCUAAGACAGAUGUUCAGUCUGUUUGUCUAAAUGGCCUUUUCUCUCAAAAUGAAUCAUUUUUUUCGUUUAUUGUGAGUUUGUUCUUGGAUCGUAAACUAACUACGAGGAGGUGAAGUUUUCACAGUUACAUCUUCAGGAGAUUCAAAUCUUUUCUGUUAUGCAUCUUCUCCAGCCUUAUAUCACUGUCUGCCUUUCAUCACAUGUAACGUGUUGCAGAAAGCUGCCGUGUCGUGUUUUCUUCAUGAUGUUUUACACUCGAGUCGUCCCUCGCCUCCGGUAGAUCAGUGUGAUGUUUGAGCAGGUGUGUGGUUUGUAAACUGUUCCGUGUGCAGAACAUAUUUAAACUGUUUAUUUGUUGAGUGGGCAGCAACAUUCCUGCCCUGCAGAGCUCUGAAGGCCUCUCUCCACUCCCAACAUGCUUUGCUGCACCUGGAUGGCUCUUCGUGGACCUUUGUCCAGCUGUGCAACCAGGAAGUGUUUUGCUUUCCCAGAGACCCUUGCUCCUUGAGCUGGGGGCGAGGGAACCGCCCGGUAGUGUCACAUGAUGUACAUGUAUAAAAACUGACAUUCGUAGAUGUGUAAGAAUAAAGUAAUGUGUGAUAAAGGAAA